GGGUUCCGUUUCGCUGCCAAGUCCAACUUCCCUCGUUCUUCUUACCGACGGAUCAAUUCUGUGCAGAGGCUCAAAUUUUAAUUCUCCUAUUCUCUCGGAUUCUCAUAUUUGCAUGUGUUAUUUCAAUGUAAUCUUUCUCCCGAGGAUUCGAUUGACGCCGCUGUUAUUCGAAACGAGAUGGACGGACUGUAGCAAAAUUUUAAAGCAACCUUUCGAAGGCUUUGAUAUGAUGUCCGAAGAGGCUGGGCACCUGAUGUUGGUUUAUGAUGAUCCUUCGGAUCGUAGAUCUGUCUCCUUUGAUGGUACAAGCAGCACAGAGGAAUCGCCAGAUGAGACAAGACUCUCCUUAGAGACUGUAAAUGAUUCGAUUCCAUAUAUCGGGCAAAGGUUUCCAACUCACGAUGCUGCUUAUGAAUACUACAGUGAAUUUGCAAAACGUUGCGGGUUCUCAAUCAGGCGCCAUCGAACUGAGGGUAAAGAUGGCGUUGGGAAAGGUCUUACAAGGAGGUACUUUGUCUGCCACCGAGCAGGAAACACUCCCAUGAAAUCAUCGAAUGAAAACAAACCACAAAGGAACAGAAAAUCUUCACGUUGUGGAUGCCAAGCGUACAUGCGAAUAAGCAAGAACAAUGAAUUGGGCGUGCUUGAAUGGCGAGUCACUGGCUUUGCAAAUCACCACAAUCAUGAGCUUCUGGAGCAAGAUCAAGUGAGAUUCCUUCCUGCCUACCGAACUAUAUCAGAAUCUGACAAGAACCGGAUCCUCAUGUUUGCCAAGACUGGGAUUUCGGUGCAACAGAUGAUGAGGCUACUGGAGCUUGAGAAGUGUGUGGAACCUGGAUAUCUGCCAUUCACUGAGAAAGAUGUUCGGAAUUUGCUCCAAUCCUUCAGAAAAGCUGACCCUGAGGACGAGAGCAUAGAUUUACUCAGAAUGUGCAGAAAUAUCAAGGACAAAGAUCCCAGUUUUAAAUUCGAGUUUUCUCUUGAUUCGACUGGUAGAUUGGAAAACAUAGCAUGGUCAUACGCCUCAUCCAUCCAGGCUUACGAGAUUUUUGGUGAUGCAGUUGUCUUUGAUACGACACACAGAUUGACUGCUUUCGACAUGCCUCUUGGAAUAUGGGUCGGAGUUAAUAACUAUGGGAUGCCCUGCUUCUUUGGAUGUGCUCUUCUUCGCGAAGAAAACUUGAAGUCAUUCUGCUGGGCUUUGAAGGUUUUCUUAGGGUUCAUGAAUGGGAAGGCUCCUCAAACAUUAUUGACCGACCAAAACAUGUGCCUCAAAGAAGCCGUGGGAAUCGAGAUGCCAACCACCAAACACACCCUCUGCAUAUGGCUAAUUGUGGCGAAAUUUCCGUCGUGGUUCAAUGCUGUGUUGGGGGAACGCUACAACGAAUGGAAGGCCGAGUUCUAUCGACUGUACAACAUGGAAAGCAUCGAGGAUUUCGAAUUGAGCUGGAGGGAUAUGGUGAAUUCUUUUGGCCUCCAUGCAAAUCGACACUUAGCUAGCUUGUACGCCCUACGAACCCUUUGGGCACUACCCUACUUGAGAAGCAAUUUCUUCGCAGGGAUGACGACUCCUGGCCAUUCUAAAUCAAUCAAUGCAUUCAUCCAACGGUUUCUCAGCGCCCAAACCCGUCUCGCACAUUUCCUGGAACAGGUCGCCGUGACAGUGGAUUUCAAGGAUCAGACUGGCGAGCAACAGACGAUGCAGCAAAACAUCCAAAACAUCAGCCUAAAAACAGGUGCUCCCAUGGAAUCCCACGCCGCCUCCGUCCUGACGCCGUUCGCUUUCUCGAAGCUCCAAGAACAGCUCGUCCUGGCCGCCCACUACGCGUCGUAUCAAAUAGACAACAGCUAUCUCAUCAGACAUCACACCAAGAUCGACGGCGGCCGGAAAGUCUACUGGGCGCCGCGCGAAGGCAUCCUCAGCUGCAGCUGCCACCUGUUCGAGUUCUCGGGAAUCCUCUGCCGCCACGCCCUGCGCGUCCUCUCCACCGGAAACUGCUUCCAAAUUCCCGAAAGGUAUCUGCCCCUGCGAUGGCGCAGGAUCAACGUUCCCCCCAGCAGACACCUACAGGCGACGAUGCGCAGCGAUCACACGGAAAGGAUUCAGAUGCUGCAGAGCAUGGUGUCGACGCUGGUGACGGAAUCUGCCAAGUCGAAGGAGCGGCUGGAUUUGGCGAGCGAGCAGAUAUCGAUACUUCUGUCUCGGAUCCGCGAACAGCCCGUCGCGAGCAUCGGCCUGAGAGAGCUGCCUUCGACACAGAGAGGGUUGAGUUGAGUUGAGCCCCCCCGGCCCCCCUUAGGCCUAGCCUCCUAGCACAAGGUAAACUUGUAGAGUACAGUCAAGUUUUAUACAUACAUAUAUAUAUAUAUAUACACGCCUGUGUUGUCUAUAUAUGUUUUGGAGGCUGGAUCGUCAUGUUAUAUAUAAAGAUACAUACCUGUGGCGGAAGUAGGAUCAAAUUUGAGG